AGCCGCCCCUGGGAACCGGAGCUACCAACAGUUGAAUGAAUGAAACGGACGCCGCUCCCAAAGACCGUCCCGGGCAGGCUGGAGUCCGCCCUGCCCUGCUAACCUCUCGGCCCCCUGUCCGUCCGUCGAAUCCCGACACUGUCCGCCUUUAACCCCCCCGAAAGCGCCUCUCAAGCGGCUGAAGCCAUGCCCUGCGUCCAGGCUCAGUACGGGUCCUCGCCGCAAGGAGCCAGCCCGGCCACGCAGAGCUACGCCUACCACCACUCGGCGGCUGCCGGGGAGUACAGCUCGGACUUCCUGACGCCCGAGUUUGUCAAGUUUAGCAUGGACCUGACCAACACUGAAAUCACUGCCACCACUUCUCUCCCCAGCUUCAGUACCUUUAUGGACAGCUACGGCGCUGCCGCCGCCGCCGCCGCCGCCGGCUACGACGUCAAGCCGCCGUGCCUGUACCAAAUGCCGGCGCAGCCGCCCCCGCCGCCGCCCCCGCCGCCCGCGCCCUCCAUCAAGGUCGAGGAGCUGCCGCUGCACGGCCACGGCCACGGCCACGGCUUCCCGCCGCCCCAGCAGCCGCCGCCUCCUGGCGCCGCCGGGCCCCCGCCGCCCGACGAGCUGGCCGUCUACUACAAGCCGUGCGCCUCGCCGCCCGCCCCGCCGCCCGCCUUCGCGCCGGGCCAGAGCGUCUGGGACGAGGGCGGGCCCCUGCACGGCUUCCACCACCACCACCACCACCACCAUCACCACCACCAUGCCCAGGCGGCCUACGGCGGAGCGGCCGGCCCGGGGGGCGGCGGAGGCGGCGGCGGCCACAAGGGCGGCCCGGCGGCAGUGCCGCGCCUCUCGCUCUUCUCCUUCAAGCAGUCGCCGCCCGGCACGCCGGUGGGCAGUUGCCAGAUGCGCUUCGACGGGCCCCUGCACGGCCUGCCGCUCAACGGCGAGCCCUCGGCCCACGGCCACCACCACCACCCGCACGACGGCCAGCCCUUCGCCGUGCCCAACCCCAUCCGCAAGCAGGCCGCCGCCGCAGCAGCCGCCGCAGCCGCCGCAGCAGCCUUCCCCGGCCUCCAGCUGGGCCACGCCUCGCAGCUCCUAGACGCCCAGGUGCCCUCGCCGCCCUCGCGGGGCUCGCCCUCCAACGAGGGCCUCUGCGCCGUCUGCGGGGACAACGCCGCCUGCCAGCACUACGGCGUGCGCACCUGCGAGGGCUGCAAAGGCUUUUUCAAGCGCACCGUCCAGAAAAACGCCAAGUACGUUUGUCUAGCGAAUAAAAACUGUCCUGUGGAUAAACGCCGCCGGAAUCGGUGUCAGUACUGUCGCUUUCAGAAGUGCCUCGCGGUCGGCAUGGUCAAAGAAGUGGUUCGCACCGACAGCCUAAAAGGCCGAAGGGGUCGCCUGCCAUCCAAACCGAAGAGCCCCCAGGAGCCCUCUCCCCCUUCGCCCCCGGUGAGUCUGAUCAGUGCCCUGGUGAGAGCUCAUGUCGACUCCAACCCGGCUAUGACCAGCCUGGACUACUCCAGGUUCCAGGCCAACCCGGAUUACCAGAUGACCGGCGAGGACACGCAGCACAUCCAGCAGUUCUACGAUCUCCUGACCGGCUCCAUGGAGAUCAUCCGCGGCUGGGCCGAAAAGAUCCCCGGCUUCACCGACCUCCCCAAGCCGGACCAGGACCUGCUCUUCGAGUCGGCCUUCCUGGAGCUCUUCGUCCUGCGGCUGGCCUACAGGUCCAACCCGGUGGAAGGCAAGCUCAUCUUCUGCAACGGCGUGGUGCUCCACCGGCUGCAGUGCGUCCGCGGCUUCGGGGAGUGGAUCGACUCCAUCGUGGAGUUCUCCUCCAACUUGCAGAACAUGAACGUCGACAUCUCUGCCUUCUCCUGCAUCGCGGCCCUGGCCAUGGUGACAGAGCGGCACGGCCUGAAGGAGCCCAAGCGGGUGGAGGAGCUGCAGAACAAGAUCGUCAAUUGCCUGAAGGACCACGUGGCGUUCAAUAACGGUGGUUUGAACCGACCCAACUACCUGUCCAAGCUCCUGGGCAAGCUGCCCGAACUGCGCACACUGUGCACGCAGGGCCUGCAGCGCAUCUUCUACCUAAAGCUGGAAGACCUGGUCCCGCCGCCAGCCAUCAUCGACAAACUGUUCCUGGACACUCUACCUUUCUAGGCGCGGGGAAGGCAAGGAGGAGGAAAGCGAGGCAGGCUCUGCUUUGCCGGGGCGCUUUAUGGAAACGCGAGGAACUUUGAAACCAACGCCCGAAAGGCCUCGGAGGGGGGACAAGCGCUCACCCGCGCCGCAGGGGCCCAAGAGGGCGCAGGCUUGGGCCAGAGAGGAGCUCCUGGGAGGCGCCCCGCUUCCAUCCCGCCAAGUGUGGCCUGCAGACCAGAGGCUGGGCUCUGCUGCGGAGUCCGGGGCCCUCCUGGAUUCCGUCCCUUGGACUGCACCCUGAUCCCAAUGGUACAAGCUUUUUUCUUAUCCACCCACAUGUAUACACCUCUCUCUGCCUUGCCCCGAGCCCCUGGCCUCCACUCAGACCAAACCAGCCCCCUGACCCCGAAAAAAGAAGGACUUCGGGGCUAGAGCUUCUCUGGCAAUUGGGGAGGGGGGAGAGGCUCAGACUCAGCAGCUGCUGGAAGUAUUAAAAGGUCUCACAAGCCCCCUCCCCUUUCUGUUCAGACUUUAAAGCAAAGUUUUCUGAUGUAAAAGGGAAAAGUGUAAUAUAUAGCAUACGAAGUUAACGUGGGGGAGGGGGAGGGGCGGCAUGAAUGACCCAGAAAGGCAAAGGAUUGUACAUUUCUCAGACUUGGCUUUUUCGUUUUUUUUUUUAAAAAAAGAACCAAUUAUUCUGUGCCUAUUUAUGAAUAAACUAUUUAACCCGAUUCGAAACCAUUUUGAACUAAGCCGUAAGGAUAAAUCCAAAGGGUUUGAACGAGAUAACAAACACUGGCGAAAAAGCUGAGGAUUCAAGAAAGACCUAAAUCAAGAGAAAAGCUCGACGAUUCUCGGAGGACAAUGUUAUUAUUAUAGGCACUUGCUACUGCGGUAAUGUCUAUAUUCUAUAAAUAGUUAUUUCAGACACUAUGUAGUCUGCUAGAUUUUAUAAAGAUUGGUAGUUCUCUAAGAAGCUUCGGACGUUUUUUUCUUUUUCCCCUUCCUCUCAAUUGUAAAAUAGGUGGGCACACGUGUUAUAUUAAAAAAAGAAAAUCCAACCAGAUUUCCUCUCCCCCCCCAAAUCUUCCAAAAGGGACCCCAGUUCCAGUGUUUGUAAACACCGUCCGGCAUUCCUUGUUUGUACGUGUCGUCUGUAUUGUUGAUGAUGAUUAAAAGAAAACCGUUUAUAUCUUGAUUAUUUGGUCGUCUGAAGCGAAACCAGUCUUGCAUGCAAAAAGGAAGAAAAAAAAAACUUUUUUCGACUGUUUCCAGAGUGCUUAUCACAUAUUACAGAACUCCCUGGAAAUUGCUGAGCACUUUGAAUUUUUCUUUUGUAUUUUUUGAAAACAAAACUAUGUCUAAAAUUGUCGGUUAAUAUAUUCUUUUUACGUUUCAGUAAGGACGUUUUUUUAAAAAAAUGCCAUAUUCUGUAGUAUAUCUAUAUAUUUUUUUCCUUUGUAUAUUUCCAGUAUGGCACAUUAUGAAGUCACUCUCUCCCCUCCCCUCCCUUCUGGUGUAUCUGACGGUUAGACGCGGACAUUUUUUUCCUCCCUGAAAACUCUUUCUUUGAGAAAGGCGAUUUUA